CUUCUUUUAAAAUUGCUGGAGUUGGGGGUGGGUGUUGAACCCAGGUCUUAACACAUGCUAGAGAAGUGGUCUGCCACUUAGCCACAGCUCUACCUGUCUGUAUUUUUGAUCAUAACUGUCCUAGUAGGCAGGAUGUGAUAUUUAAUCACUUUUAAUGAAGCAUUGCCUGACCAUUAGCGAUUCAGAACAUCUUUUUGUGUGCUUAUGACCACAUUUUCUUUGGGAAAAUGCUCUUCAAAAAAAAAAUUAGGAGCUGGGCAUGGUGGUGCAUGGCUUUGAUUCCAGUACUCAGGGGGCAGAGGCAGGGGGAUCUCUGUAAGUUUGAGGCCAGUCUAGUUUCCAUGGUGAAGCCCCAAAACAGCUAAGCUAUGCAGGAUAUCCCAGCAACGACUUUACAAGGAUCAAAACCAGAUGCCAGGGGUUCUGUUCCAACUGGAACAAAAAUAGAAAACUAAAAACUACCGCUAAUGUGAAUACAGAUGGUACUUUCAGAAAUUAUUAAAGGUCUAUUAUUUAUUAAAAACAAUCAAGAAGAUGAAGAUGGGGGUGUUCAUAUCAAAAGGCAAAUUCUUCUGUGUUCAAAUUUCCUUCUUUCGGGACCUUGUCAGCACAUAUCCCAGGGCGCUUUGUGUUGCUGAGAAAAUAUGUUAGUUAUAGGACAAGAAAUUCUGAGAAAAUUGGACUUUAGUUAGAGCGGAGAGAAGAUGACAGAAUAUAAGCCAUGAGCCAACAAGUAAGGCUGGGUACUGCUAUGUGUUCAGAUGCCCAGGUACGGACAGUGGAAGAUUCACAAGACCCAGGCCUCCGGCCUCUGUCUUUGUUUGGGAAGGCUAGUCCAUAGAAAGUGUAACCUAGACAUAGGACAGCUGCCUUCUUAACUGUCGCUUCCUUUGCCAGCCUUGGACAGCGGCAUUCUGGUAUUUCCCCUCUGUGUGCUCACUUUGUCAGAGGUGACCUUGUUAGGGCUGAUGGUAGAGCUUAGUGAAGGAGCCCAUGCUCAGCGUGUACAAAGCCCUGGGUUCCACCUCAGCAGCUUCCCCUGCAAAAUGGGUUUGCCCUGGGGAAUUCACUGAGCAAAACAUUCUCUGCAAAUUCUGCUCAAACGAGGGACUGUUAGAAGUCAUUUUGAUAGCUGGAGAGAUGGCUCAGCAGUUAAGAGCACUGACUGCUCUUCCAGAGGUCCUGAGUUCAAAUCCCAGCAACUACAUGGUGGCUCACAAUCAUCUGUAACGGAAUCCAAUGUACUCUUCUGGUGUUUGUCUGAAGACAUCUGCAAUUUACUCAUAUAAAUAUAAAUAAAUCUUUAAAAAAAAUAAAUGAAGUCAUUUUGAGGCAGGUAUGGUGGUGGUACACACCUUUAAUCCCAGUGCUUGGGAGGCACAAGCAGGUGGAUCUCUGAGUUUGAGGUAAGCCUGGUCUACAAAGUGAGUUCUAGGACAGUCAGGACUACACAGAGAAACUCUUGUCAUGAAAAUCAGAAACAAACAAACAAUAGAAAUUUGGGGCUGGGGACGUGCCUCAGCGGUAGAGUGCUUACCUGCUAUGUGGGAGGCUCUGGGUUCAAUUCCCAGUGCUGUAAAAACAAGUUCCUUUCACGGCUCCUCUAAUCCCCUUUCCCCUCUAUACUUCAUGGGCACCAUUUUCUCAAGACAGGAGCCCUUCUUAAAACUGGCAAGUGGUAAAGUUCUGGGGUCUUGCUGUAUACAUAAGAAGUUGAACUGGGAGCCAUUGCAGUACAUUGAGCUCCAUAGAGACAGCGCCGGGGCAAGCGAGAGCCGGACGGGCACUGGGCGACUCUGUGCCUCGCGGAGGAAAAUCAACUAAACAUGGGCAAAGGAGAUCCUAAGAAGCCGAGAGGCAAAAUGUCCUCAUAUGCAUUCUUUGUGCAAACCUGCCGGGAGGAGCACAAGAAGAAGCACCCGGAUGCUUCUGUCAACUUCUCAGAGUUCUCCAAGAAGUGCUCAGAGAGGUGGAAGACCAUGUCUGCUAAAGAAAAGGGGAAAUUUGAAGAUAUGGCAAAGGCUGACAAGGCUCGUUAUGAAAGAGAAAUGAAAACCUACAUCCCCCCCAAAGGGGAGACCAAAAAGAAGUUCAAGGACCCCAAUGCCCCCAAGAGGCCUCCUUCGGCCUUCUUCUUGUUCUGUUCUGAGUACCGCCCAAAAAUCAAAGGCGAGCAUCCUGGCUUAUCCAUUGGUGAUGUUGCGAAGAAACUAGGAGAGAUGUGGAACAACACUGCUGCGGAUGACAAGCAGCCCUAUGAAAAGAAGGCCGCCAAGCUGAAGGAGAAGUAUGAGAAGGAUAUUGCUGCCUACAGAGCUAAAGGAAAACCUGAUGCAGCGAAAAAGGGGGUGGUCAAGGCUGAGAAGAGCAAGAAAAAGAAGGAAGAGGAAGACGACGAGGAGGAUGAAGAGGAUGAGGAAGAGGAGGAAGAAGAGGAAGACGAAGAUGAAGAAGAAGAAGAUGAUGAUGAAUAAGUUGGUUCUAGCGCAGUUUUUUUUUCUUGUCUAUAAAGCAUUUAACCCCCCUGUACACAACUCACUCCUUUUAAAGAAAAAAAUUGAAAUGUAA